AUGCCUCCCCCGGAGACGCUGGCGGGGGCGUCACAGCCGCAGGGGCUGUGCGCACGGCGAGCUCCGGCCCGGAACACGGGCUCCGCACACAGACCCACGGGAGGCACACUAACGGUCGCCAACGGCCCACAAACACUGCUAGCGGAGACCCCAUUGGCCAAUAGCGAUGGGACAUGGGCGCAGUCCCAGAGGGCGGCAACCCCAUUGGCCAAAGUCAAAGGGGCUCUGGCGCAGGCUCCAGUGUGGCAACCCCAUUGGCCAAGCUCCCUGAACAAACAAGGCGAAGGCGCAGGCUCAGGCGUGGUCACCCCAUUGGCUGAGGGCGGUGGGAGCGACGUGGCCACGUGCAGGGGCCUAGGGCAGCUGGACGCUGAGCUGACGAGGCUGCGGCCGGCCAUGUUGCGCCUCGCGGCCAAGCUGAAAACCGUGCAGGGCGUGGUGACGAGGUACUGCAGCGACUACGGCAUGAUCGACGACCUCAUCUACUUCUCCAACGACGUGGUGACGAGCAAAGUGCUGCUGAGCGUGGGGCAGGAGGUCAUCGCGGUGGUGGAGGAGGAUAAAGUGUCCAACGGGCUGAAGGCCGUCAGGGUGGAAGCUGUUUCCGAUAAGUGGGAAGAGGACAGCAAAAACCAGGGCAGAGGACUGUCCGACUCCAGCCCCCGGGUGCUGAUUGGCUGUGUGACGUCGCUGAUGAAGGGCGCCGGCUACAUCAAUCAGACCACAUACUUCUCUCUGAAGAGCGUUUGUGAAGGUUUCGAGCCGUGCAAGGGAGACUGGGUGGAGGCCACCUACUGGAUCCGGCCGGGCACAUGGAGCAGCGAGGCCCUGUCGGUGAAGCCGCUGCGGUACAAGCGUGUGGACAAGGUCUGCAUUUCCAGCCUCUGUGGCAGAAACGGGGUGAUCGACGACUGUGUCUUCUUCACCCUGGACUCUCUGAAGCUCCCUGAGGGGUACGUGCCGCGAAGGUACGACGUGGUCAGCACCGUGGUGGUGGAGAGCAGCCAGUCCUGCUACAUGUGGAGGGCCCUGUGCGUGACCCCCGUGAAGAGACGGCCCAGGACCGCCUUCGCGGUGUCACCGCCGCUUCGCCUCCUCUCUGGAGCUCCACCAGUCGGCACGCUGCGGGAAGGGGGCAGCAGGAGCCUGGUGGUCUGCAUCGAGAAUAAAGGAGAUGUCCCGCAGAAGCUGGUCAGCUGCAAGCUGGCCGGCUGGGACAGAACCAGACAGUUCCGGUUCCACUUGCUGCAGGGGACCCAGCAUGGCCCCCCAGCACCUGCUCCCGACCCUGAGACGCGGGAGAGCUGCCCAGACAAAACCUACCAGACGGCGGACAGCAGCGUGGCCCACAGCAGAGCAGUCUCUCCAGAUGACUGUGCCUGCAAAGGAGAAGAGGGAGGAAGCGGACAGGGCGGCUGGAGGAGGCAGGUCCCGGAGCCUGAGCCCAGUGGGCUCAUCCCUCCCGGAGGACGAGCCCUGAUUGUGGUCACGUGUGAGGCCAAGACCGCCGGCCGCUGCCAGGAGCUCCUCCUGCUCUGCUUCUCCAGCUGCCUCAUUGGGCGCAUCCUGGACGUGGGCGUGGUGAGCGCGGAGGAGGCCCUGAUCGCCGUGCGCGAGCCCUUCCUGUGGAAGAAGUCCAAGAGUCCCCCGGCGCCGGCGCCCACGAAAACGACGGUUGUCGUGACCACGCAGAAAAGGAACUCAAGACGCCAGCUUCCAAGUUUCCUUCCCCAGUACCCCAUCCCCGACCGGCUGAAGAAGUGUGUGGAGCAGAAGAUUGACAUCCUGACUUUCCAGCCGCUGCUCGCCGAGCUUCUGAACAUGUCAAACUACAAGGAGAAGCUGUCCACUCUGCUCUGGCUCGAGGAGAUCCACGCGGAGAUAGAGCUGAAAGAGUAUAACAUGAGCGGGGUCGUCUUGAAGAGGAGCGGGGACCUCCUGGUGCUGGAGGUCCCGGGGCUGGCCGAGGGCCGGCCUUCCCUGUACGCAGGUGACAAACUGGUUCUGAAAACGCAGGAGUACAACGGACACGUCGUUGAGUACAUCGGCUACGUGGUGAAGAUUCACGAAGAAGAUGUGACCCUUAAGCUGAAUCCGGAGUUUGAACAAGCGUAUAACUUUGAGCCUAUGGACGUGGAAUUUACAUACAACAGGACCACGAGCAGACGGUGUCACUUUGCACUUGAGCACGUCAGCCACUUGGGAGUGAAAGUGUUGUUUCCAGAAGAAGUCAUCUUACAGUCUCCCCAGGUGACAGGCAGCUGGAACUGUGCAGGAGACAGCAAGAGCGACGGGCAGCCCGCCCCCGAGAACAGGGAAGCUGAGAAGGACCAGCCUGAGCCUGCCACCAAGACGAGCCAGGCCGGUGCCCAGGACACACGGGGACCGGAGGCGUUGGCCACAGAGACGAGUCUCCUGGGCGAUGAGCUGCAGACCCCCGGGGCCCGAGAGAAGGAGUUCUUCAACCCCCUGCUCAACGAGAACCAGCAGCUGGCCGUGCGUAGGAUCCUGAGUGGCGACUGCCGCCCCCUCCCGUACGUCCUCUUCGGGCCUCCUGGCACUGGGAAGACGGUGACCAUCAUCGAGGCUGUGUUACAGGUGUACCACGCCCUGCCCGACAGUCGGAUUCUGGUGUGCGCGCCCUCCAACAGCGCGGCCGACCUCGUGUGCUUGCGGCUGCACGAGAGCUGCCUGCUGCGACCGGGCAGCAUGGUGCGCGUGAACGCCACCUGCAGGUUCGAGGAGACGAUCGUCGAGGCCAUCAAGGCGUACUGCAAAGACGGGGAGGACAUCUGGAAGGCCUCGCGCUUCCGCAUCAUCAUCAGCACCUGCAGCAGCGCCGGCCUCUUCUACCAGAUCGGAGUGCGAGUCGGACACUUCACGCAUGUGUUUGUGGAUGAAGCCGGACAGGCCAGUGAGCCGGAGUGCCUCAUUCCUCUGGGGCUGGUCUCCGACCUCAGCGGCCAGAUCGUCCUUGCCGGGGACCCCAUGCAGCUCGGGCCCGUGAUCAAGUCCCGGCUGGCCAUGGCCUACGGGCUGAACGUGUCCAUGCUGGAGAGGCUCAUGUCCCGGCCCGUGUACCUGCGAGACGAGGACGUGUUCGGUGCUUGUGGCGCCUACAACCCCCUGCUGGUGACCAAGCUGGUGAAGAACUACAGGUCGCACGCGGCCCUGCUGGCCCUGCCCUCCCGGCUCUUCUAUCACAAGGAGCUCGAGGUCUGUGCCGACCCCAAGGUGGUGACCUCCUUGCUGGGCUGGGAGAAGCUCCCCAAGAAAGGCUUCCCCCUCGUCUUCCACGGCGUGCGGGGCAGCGAAGCGCGGGAAGGGAGGAGCCCGUCCUGGUUCAACCCGGCCGAGGCCGUGCAGGUCAUGCGCUACAGCUGCCUCCUGGCCCGGAGCCUCUGCAGCCAGGUGUCCGCGCAGGACAUCGGCGUGAUCACGCCCUACCGCAAGCAGGUGGAGAAAAUAAAAAUUCUUUUGAGAAACGUGGAUCUGAUGGACAUAAAGGUUGGAUCAGUAGAGGAGUUCCAAGGGCAAGAGCAUUUGGUGAUCAUCAUCUCAACCGUGCGGUCGAACGAAGACCGGUUCGAAGACGAUAGGUAUUUCCUGGGUUUCUUGUCCAACUCAAAGCGGUUCAAUGUGGCCGUCACCAGGCCCAAAGCCCUGCUGAUCGUGCUGGGAAACCCCUACGUCCUGGUCAGGGACCCCUGCUUCGGCGCAUUGCUGGAAUACAGCAUCACCAAUGGUGCGUACACCGGGUGCGACCUGCCGCCCGAGCUGCGGCACCUGCAGGGCUGAACCCCACCUCCCUGCCUCGCCCCUGCUCCUGUGCCUGCUCCAGGGCUGCGGCGGCGCUCUGUCUAGCAACAGACGGUUGGCAUCACCCCUCCCUGCACAGUCUCCAUAGACACGUGCUCCUCAUCAAACCACACCAUG